AUGGAUCAAUGGAAUGAUUUUUACACGAAUAAUUUCUUUAAUUAUUACGAUCAUCUCAGAUUCGAACCGGACAUUCAUCCUCCUUAUACUUGGAAUGACACACCUACUUAUACAUCAGGAUAUCAAGAACAUUCAUAUUACGAAGAUUACCAAAAUGUUCAUCAUCACCAUCAUUUUCCAUUGAGACCCACAUCUUCAGCCGUAUACCAAACUGGUUUAGAGACGACGAACCCUUGGCCUCCAAGCAAUUACCUUCCAUAUUACACAGCUGAUGGAGUUGUGAUGCUCGACUUUUCUGAAAUGGACAAUAGUGAUACGGAGUUGGACAUAGACAACAUGUCUUACGAGGAUAUGCUUUUAUUGGAUGAAAAUAUCGAUAGUCAUGCUGAAACAGGCAUAUCAGAAGAGAGCAUUAAACUUAGAACACGGGCUCAUCUAAAUCCCGAUACUCAAGCAACUUCUUUAAAUAUAGGAGGAACUAAUGAUUUUUGUGUUAUAUGUCAGGAAGAAUAUAUGAAAGAAGAGAAGAUUGGAGGUCUUGAAUGUGGACAUGAAUUUCAUGUUGAUUGCAUAAAGAAAUGGCUACAAAUAAACAAUAUAUGUCCCAUUUGUAAAUCUCCUGGAUCAUCAAAAAUCGAAAAAGUAUAA